UCUAGAGCAGGUAGCUAAUCUUGCUUCUAUGCCCUUUGAUUCUCCCAGGAAAAGGAAGUCACGCGGAGAACGAGAACGAGAUGUAGCUGAGAUUCUUAGGAAAUGGAGAGAGUACAACCAGCAGACCGAGACAGAUUCUUCUUACAUCGAUGGUGGGAUUCCUAAACGAAUCCGAAAGGCUCCUACUCAAGGUUCCAGAAAGGGUUGUAUGAGAGGUAAAGGAGGACCUGAAAAUAGGUAUUGUGAGUAUAGAGGAGUUAGACAGAGGACUUGGGGUAAAUGGGUUGCUGAGAUCCGUGAGCCUGGCAAAGGUGGUAGGUUAUGGCUAGGUACUUUCUCUACUUCACAUGAAGCUGCAUUGGCUUAUGACGAGGCUGCCAAAGCUAUGUAUGGUCACUCUGCCCGGCUCAAUCUUCCUUAUUUCACUACUAAUGGCUCUUCUUCUACUGCCGCCACUGUGUCUGGCUCGGUCACUGCUUUUUCUAAUGAAUCUGAAGUUUGUGCACAUGAGGAUACAAAUGAGAUAUCUGGUUUUGCUCAGGUGAAACUAGAGGGUAAUAGCGGUGAUUAUGUUACCUUUGAUAGUUCUCAGUGUAUUAAAGAGAAGCUGAACGUAAAAGAGGAAGAGAGGGAACUUAACUCGGUUGAUGCUUUUGGAACUGGACAGGAAUCGAAAAAAGAGACCUUAGAUGAUUGGUUAAUGGGAAAUGGCAAUGAUCAAGCACCAUUCCGAUUUGAUGUGGACGAAACAUUUGAUAUCAGUGAGCUGUUGGGUAAACUAGAUGACAACAAUGCGUCUGGUCAAAACACUAUGCAGUGUCAAGUUAAUAGAAAGCCAAGCUUCAGUGACCAAAUGCAGUUUCAAGAUGCUAACUUGCCCGAGAGCCUCAACCCCAUGGAGAUUGCUGCUAAUCCUGAAGUUGAUUAUGAAUAUCAUUACACGCAGCAGAAUGAAAUGGAGAACAAUGGUAUUGGUUUAGACCAUCGCAGGUUCCAGGAUCUUGACGUACAGGAGGACUUGGAUUUUGGAGGAGGGAAAGAUGUUCAUGGCGCUACAUAAGAUCAUAAAUUCAUAUGACUGGCCUAAGAUUGUGAUUCUGCUCCGAGACUGUUUAGCCGUUAUUUGCUAUAGAAGCUGACUCUCUUUGAAGCUGCUGAUGAUACUUUCUGAUGUUAAUGGUUUUGAUGCAUAGUAAAUGUGGUUAGGUAAUGUAGGACAAGUUCAAAUAUGAUUCCUUCUUUCAAAGUUUGGAUUUAUAGGAAGUUUUGAUAAAUUAAAAAGCCUAUAAAGUUUUUGAUCUUUGAAGUUUGGAUAUAUAUAAUUUGUUGGUUGGUUCCUUAUGCAACCCAAACUCUCACAUCUAAUUUUCAUCUUAGGGAGUGGAGAUGGAAUAAGAGUGUGAUGGUUGCGUUAGUGAUUUUAUUGACUUUGCAAGUUUGAUUAUUCAAGAAACUAGUAGAUCAAAUUGCUUGGCUUAGUUUAAUUGUCAUCUUAUUAAAUUUGGAAAUUUCAGUAGUGGAAUUUUAUGGUCUGCAGACUUUCCUCAGGUUGUAUGAAAGAUUACAUAAGCAAUGAGGUAAGAAAAAAAAGUGUAAUAUACAAAGAGCAAAUUGAUAGAAUAAUAAUUUAU